AUGAAAGUGCAGGAAGAACAAUGCCUAAAAUCCAAGGCAAUUCGAGUUUGGACUUCUAAAAAUUUCAACCCUGGACCAGAAGUUGAACUUAUUUGCAAGUUUGAUGAAAAUAAAAUUUUGAACCAUGUGUCUAAUAAUUCAAAAAUAAUAUCUGAGUUUGGGGCUUCAACUACCAGUGGAGAAGUUGGUGCAGAACUAUUGAGUGUGUCUCCAAGAAAUACUGAGUCGAACUUUGUAGAAAUGUCAACAGACUUGCAAGAUUUGGAACGACCGUCAGUGGAGGCAGAUAAUGCACGAUCAGGAGCAUUUCCAUCUGAUGUUUGGAAACCAUUCUCUAUUGGAUCAUAUCAAAGACAUGCAAGUUUAUCUUUAAGUGUGGAAAACACUAGAAGGGCAAAUAGGAUACUUGAAAAACUAAAGGAUGAAAGGUUCAUUUUAAAGUCUGAGCUAAAUAGGUGGCUUAAUAGCCUUGAGAAGGAUAAGUCUACAAAAGUGGACCGCAAGACUAUUGACAGAAUAUUAACUAAACUUCAGGAAAAAGAGAAGGUCAAAUGCAUAACUGUACAUUCGCCUGUUAUUUCUGAAUAUUCCAGGACAAAAGAUUGUGUGGUAAUUGUGCAUCCAUCCAUGAGUCUAUCUCCUGAGUUAUUUGAUGAAAUUCAAGACAGAGUACGAUCAUUUAAUAAUUAUAUUCGAAGCAAAAGCAUAUCACAUCAGAAAAAUGAUGAAUUGAUUCCUGUAAUGGAGGGUAUUCAGAAAAAUCAAACAGUUAUAGUUCCAGAUGGGCAGGCUAGUAAAGCAGAAGCUAUGCGUGUUAAUGGAUUUGUGUUAGCAAAAAUGAUUCGAGCAAAGCUGCUGCAUAGUUUUAUUUGGGAUUGUCUGCAUAGGUCAACAAGCCAUAUUGAUGCUUUAUCAUCUAAAAUAUGUGUCUACGAGCUAACUGAUACUUCUCAUAGUAGCAGAAAACUAUUUUCUCUAGAAUCAACUAUUAAAGAAAUUCCAGUUGAACUAUUCUUACAAGUGGUUGGCUCCACUAAAAAACAUGAAGAAAUGAUUGAAAAGUGCAAGAUGGGUUUACGUCUCUUGGAUCUCCCUCCAGAGGAGUAUAUAAGUUUAAUGGAUGCUCAAGCAACAGGAAGCCUGUCAUUAGUUAUUGACAUUUUACGAAGAUUAAAGUUGAUUCAAAUGGUAACUGAUUUGCAAUCUAGAGAUGGAGUCAGAACCCCUCAUACUCACACAAUGGAGCUUAGGCCUUAUAUCGAGGAACCCAUUUCAAAUGAUAAAGCAACUUUAAAUUUUAUUUCUCUUGAUCUUCGACCAAGAGUCAGACAUGAUUUUAUUCUGUCUAGCAGAGAAGCAGUUGAUGAAUAUUGGAAAACAUUGGAGUAUUACUAUGCUACUGCUGAUCGAAAAGCUGCUUCAUAUGCAUUUCCUGGAUCUGUGGUCCAUGAGCUUUUCCGCUUCCGUUCAUGGACAUCUACUCAUCUUAUGACAGCUGAACAACGUGCUGAGCUUUUAAAGCAUGUAACAAAGGAUAGUCUCAGUGAAAAAAUUUCAUAUAGGGACUCUGAGAAGGUUGCAAAAGAUCUGAAUCUUACCUUGGAGCAGGUACAUAGCAUGUAUUCUAGUAAGCGUCAUCGCCGUUUCAUAAAUCAGUUCAAAGAUGAAGAGAAAGAGGAUAAUUCACCUGAAUGCAUUGGUAAUUCAUCUCGUUGUAGGAAAAGAAAAUCCACUGAGCUCAGGCAUGCAAAGCAUGCCACAAUUGAUGCAGUAACUGAUGUUGUGGACAUGCACAUCGAAGAAUCACAUAAUUUAGGUGUGCAUUCAGGAGACUGUGCCACAGAUAUUCAAGAAAUUGAGAGUAUGGCUGAAGACUCUAGCCCCCAUAUUAACCAAUGUGUCUUAAACAAAAUGAAGCCAACACGCCAUAGGAGAUUCAUUUGGUCAGACAAAACUGAUAUGCAAUUGCUGAUCCAAUAUGUUAAACACCGUGCAGUUCUUGGUGCCAAAUAUCAUCGCAUAGAUUGGAAGUCAAUUUCUGAUCUUCCAACUUCUCCAAGCGUUUGUAAGAGAAGAAUGAAUUUGUUGAAUAGUAACUUGAGAUUUCGGAAAGCUGUGAAUAAACUCUGUAACAUGCUAAGUGAACGAUAUGCAAAGCAUCUGGGAAAGUCCCAGAAAUUGUCAUUAAAGUCAGAUGAAUGCAAACAAUUUGUGCGAUCUCUGUCCUGUGAAGGUAUCUACAAUGAUUCUAGUCCUGUUGAAAUUCAAAUGACAACUCCAAACAGAGAAGCCUGGGAUGACUUUGAGAACAAAAAUAUCAGGACAGCCGUUGAUGAGGUUCUUCGCUGUAAGAUAAUUGCUAAGCUGGAUGCCUCCUCCCAAAAAGAUCAAUUGCAAUAUGAAGGGUGCUCAGAUGCAAAUGCGAAUGCUGAUGGAUGUGAAUCUCAAGAAAACGAAGAAAUUACAUCAGCUAUUCCUUGUGAAAUUGAUCAGAGUCAUCAUGGGAAGCCCCAUACAUCUUCUGUCCAAAGAUCACGCCGGAAGCGACUUGAUAAAAAAUUUACUAGGUUUAUGAAUAAUAUGGCUAAUGUUUAUGGACAAGUAAACAAAUCAUUGGCUAUUUCAAAUGAUGUAGAGCUAUUUAAACUUGUUUUUUUAAGCAGCUCAACAGGUCCUCAGGCACCAAAUUUACUAACUGACAUUCUCCAGCGAUACUCACAGCAUGAUCUAUAUGCUGCUUUUAACUAUCUUAGAGAGAAAAAAUUUUUGGUAGGAGGCACUGGUAGUGAACGUUUUGAACUUUCACAACAGUUCUUGCAGGGUAUUUCCAAGUCACCAUUUCCAUUUAAGACAGGAAAGCAAGCUGUUAAAUUCUCUGCAUGGCUGGAUGGAAAAGGCAAAGAUCUCAUAGAAGUGGGUGCUAAUCUUUCUGAAGCAUUACAAUGUGGGGACAUUUUUCUUAUGUUUGCUUUGGUCUCAUCGGGUGACCUUUCAAUUUCACCAUGCCUACCAGAUAAUGGUGUUGGAGAGGCUGAAGACUUGAGAACUGCAAAACGUAAAUUUGAUGCUACUGACUUUUCAUAUUCGUAUAGUGAUAGAGCUAAAAAACCAAAAUCCAUGUUUGGAGUAGAAGGUGAAAUUAUUUCUCGUCGGGAAAAAGGUUUUCCUGGUAUUCCCAUUUUUGCGCACCGAAUGACUAUUUCAAGACCUGAUAUUUUUAAUUUGUUCAAGGAUAAUGAACAACCUUUUGACGGUGAUUUUCAAUUACACAUUGGCCAAAGCAGUAAUUAUUCACUUCCUGACCAUAUGUUGGAAAUCGAUAAAAAUUGUGAUCCAAUACCUUUGGGAGAAAACCAUACUGAAUCACCCUGGGAUGCUAUGGCAAGCUAUGCACGACGAUUGUUGUCAGAGUAUUCCAAUCAAGAGCAUGCAAAUGCCAUUUGUGCGGAAGUCUUCAGGGUCGUUUAUGCUGCCAUCCAAAAGGCUGGUGAUCAAGGAUUAAGAAUGGGAGAAAUUUCACAGGUUAUAAACUUGCCAGGAGCAGAGGUUGAUGGCUUGAUUGUUGAUACUUUUCAAGCAUUUAAGCAAGCAUUAAAGGAUUUGGGGUGUGCGAACAAUGACCUGAACAAGCUCUUAGUAGUCUGGGAUGGGGCUCUGUUGUGCGGAGAUGUGCUGCUGCAACAAGAUAGUAACGUCAAUGCUUAUGAUACUGUCCGCGUUGUUGAUGUAUUGUACUGUCACAAGUACUUUUUGACAUCUGGGUCUGAUUUUCAUCAAUGUGUUCUACAACCUUCCUCAUCAAAAUCUAUCGAGAGGAGAGAUCAUACAUGUGAGCAUUACAAAUCAAAUGAUACUUCUUCUGUUCGUUCUCUGAGGGAAGAACAAACUGCUGUUGAUAAGGUGCACAGAGUGACAAUUCUCAAUCUUCCACAUGGGGAUGUGGAUUCUGAAAAUCAAGCUUGUGAUAGGAAUGAAAGUUGUAAGCUAGAUAGUCUUGGCUUAUCCAGAAUCGGUCAUAACAAAGAAACUCACAAUUUUUCUUUGAGUGAGUCAUGUGUGCCAAUAUUGCCAUGGAUCAAUGGAGAUGGCACGAUCAACAACAUUGUUUACAAGGGACUUAGACGUCGUGUUCUUGGAAUAGUGAUGCAAAACCCAGGGAUAUUGGAGGAUGUUCUUCUACAUCAGAUGCACGUGUUAAAUCCACAGGUAUUCUACUAA